UUGACAAUCGUCAUUAUUGUUACCGUUGUUGCUCCAUUGGAAAUCACUCAGGCCUGUACAAUACGUGUUGGGGCUGCAUUGUCAAUAGCAUUUUAUGUUAGUUUUAUUACUUUUGUAGCGCCUUUUAUACUCUACUACUUAAAAGACAACGCAGAUGCUCAUGGUAUCAGAACUGAGCUUUGGAUCGAUUCAAUACUUGGAAUACCCAUAUUUGUUAUUUACAUCGUAUUUUUUACAGUUUUAGCACCCAAAGUGUUGGUACAGGCAGAGUUUAGACAUAAGCUAUUUACCCCAGCCAAUUGGAUUGUUAUUUACACCGCUGCUGCCCAUAUUCUUUCGGUUGUCAUACCUGUACUCUCUCUACUUCCAAUACAGAACGUUUAUUGGAAUAGACUGCGAAAUUCAGUCAUUAAACAUUGCAGGCUAAAAAAGAGGACUUCCAAUGCUUCUGCUCUUGAAACAUCUGUCUGUAUCCCAGACCUAUCGAUGGACUCGCUAGAACGCUGUAUGUCUGACCCACAUAUUAUGCAGCAGCUACAAGACUUGGCUAUUCGAGAUUUCAGCUCUGAAAAUUUACUAUUCUACGAAAAAUAUCUUGAACUUGAAAACAAAUUUAAAAUUGAAUAC